UCUUUCUUCUAAUAAGAAAUAUGACACAGUCAACUAUACAUGUCACAAGUGAGGAUGUAGAUGUCCAUGCCCCGGCAAGUACAUACUACACCACCGGAAGCAACGCCGGCAAGAGCAUCAGACGCCUAAAGACAUUGACAGAUUCCAAACGACUAAAUGAACAACCAGCCCGUAAAAGAAGGGCUUCCCAUGAUGACAAGAGCAAAGCACAAAGGUUUCUUAUUGAUGUCAAGGAAACCCAGAGGAUCUUGGUAGAGCAAGAAGAUACGGACGGUGAUUUCCAGAUUACAGUCAAUGAUCUUGGACCAAAGACAUUCUCGGUCGGAACAGCAGAUUCAGGGGGUUAUCGGAGAAUCGAGAUCAGAGGCACCUACAUGCUCUCCAAUCUCCUCCAGGAACUUGCCCUGGCUGAUGACUACGGCCGCAAACACAUUGUCCUCGAUGAGGCUAGGUUGAACGAAAAUCCAGUAGAUCGUCUGUCGCGCAUGAUACGUCACAACUUCUGGGACGGCUUGACUCGUCGCAUUGAUGCCGAAGGACUAGAGAUUAUCUCGGCUGAUCCAAAAAACAGAUCGGCUAACCACACCCCACGCAUCUAUGUGCCCCAUGGCGAGGACCAGGUGUUCAAGUACUACACAAAAGUGGCGGCCACGCGCACACAUCUCAAACUGGAAGUCGAGAUGUUACCCGAAAAGAUCACGCCUCUCUACGUCAAGAGUAUCAAUGACCGACCUGGCAUCCUCGCCUUGGCUAUGGAAAAGGUAACCAUUAACGGCCAGGAAACCCUGCAGGGUGUCCCAUUUGUCGUACCUGGUGGUAGAUUUAACGAGAUGUACGGCUGGGACUCUUACUUUGAAGCCCUUGGUCUCUUGGUCGACGAUCGGGUCGAUCUUGCAAAAGGAAUGGUCGACAACUUUGUCUAUGAAAUCAAACACUAUGGCAAGAUCCUCAAUGCCAACCGCUCUUAUUACCUUUCCCGGUCCCAGCCUCCAUUCUUGACUGACAUGGCACUCAAGGUGUACGAGAGACUGCCGCCAACCAAGGAGAGCAAGGUCUGGCUGGAGCGUGCUUUCCAGGCCGCAAUCAAGGAAUACCACACUGUCUGGAUGGCCGAACCUCGUCUGGACCCCAAGACAAUGCUGUCUCGCUUCCACCCCGAGGGACUAGGUAUCCCACCCGAGACUGAGGCCUCUCACUUUGACCACAUCCUGGAACCCUAUGCCAAAAAGGCUGGUCUUUCUCUGGAAGCCUACAUGUCAGCCUACAACGACGGUAGUCUAAAAGAACCAAAGCUGGACGAAUACUUUCUCCACGACCGAGCCGUGCGUGAAUCUGGCCAUGACACCACAUACCGAUACGAAAAACGAUGUGCCAAUCUGGCCACAAUUGAUCUCAAUUCGCUGCUCUACAAAUAUGAGACCGACAUUGCUGACACGGUUGAACAGAUCUUUAAUGGAAAGCUAACGGACGAAGACAGGCGUCCUCAGGUGGCAUCCGAGUGGCGUAAGCGAGCCGCGGAGCGAAAAGAGCGCAUCGAUCGAUACCUGUGGAAUAAAGAGGCCGGACUGUACUUUGACUAUGAUACUGUCACCAAAAAGCAGAGCACGUACGAGACUGUCACUGCGUAUUGGGCCAUGUGGGCAAAGUGCGCUAGUCAAGAACAGGCUGACACUAUGACCCUGAGAUUACACAAGUUUGAGGCGUUGGGAGGACUAGUUUCGGGUACAGAAGAAUCGCGAGGAAUCACAUCCCUAGAUCGGCCCAAUCGACAAUGGGACUUUCCAUUCGGUUGGGCUCCCCAUCAAAUCAUGACUUGGCGUGCGUUUCAAAAUUAUGACAAGGUAGAGGUCGCACGUCGGUUAGCCUACCGAUGGCUUUACACAAUUACCAAGAGUUUUGUAGACUUUAAUGGUGUUGUACCCGAGAAAUACGACGUUGUCAGCAUGACCCACAAGGUUCAGGUAGAAUAUGGAAAUGUUGGUACCGACUUCAAAUAUGUUCCUCGAGAAGGAUUUGGUUGGAUGAAUGCUUCUUAUCAGCUUGGCUUGGAUCUCGUUAAUACUCAGAUGCGCCGUGCACUCGGUACCUGUACUCACCCAGACCUGUUCUUUGAACAAGCGUUGAAGAGACAACAAUUGUUUGACACAAUCCAGCGCCGCAAGUCUUUAGAGGCGUCUGCUAGAACAAUUACUCAGAACGGACAGAUCACAGCUGCAAUUACUCGAAUUGAAGCAGAAAGCAGCGGACCAGGGAAUCCUGUAUUUGAUUUCACAAGUCAUCCUUUCAACCAUCAAUAAUUUUUUAUUUUAUUUUUUAUUUGAAAAAAAAAUAUUAUUUCUUCAAGUCCCAACCGUGAAUAUGAAUAUAAAUAAACUAAAGUAAACCAAAGUU